UUAACUCUUCGUUUUGAUUCCUUAGAAAUCGCCUGGAGAGAGGGGGGGAACCGGGAAAGGAAAAAGAAAAAAGUUUCAGCUUCCUCUUUCUUUACUGAAAAUGUCCAGGGUCAUCCUACGCUGGUGGAACUGAAAAAUGGGGAGACUUAUAACGGUCAUUUGGUCAAUUGCGACACUUGGAUGAACAUACAUCUUCGUGAAGUCAUCUGCACUUCAAAGGAUGGAGACAGGUUUUGGCGAAUGCCUGAAUGCAAUAUCCGUGGAAAUACAAUCAAGUAUCUUCGAGUUCCUGAUGAGGUAAUUGAUAAAGUUCAGGAAGAAAUGAAGAGCCGUGCAGAUAGGAAGCCUCCUGUUUUUGGCCGUGGUAGAGGUAGAGGUAGAGAAGAUGGUCCUGGAAGGCAACCAAAAGGAGCUCGGUAUGGUUUUGAAGAUGGUGCCAAGGGGCAGGAGGACGAGCCAGGGGUGGCUCAGGUGGAAAGACCAGCGGAAGCAGAGAUAAAAUUGCUAUAACAAACAACUACACCG